CUCAGAUUUAAGUUAACUUAUAGGAAGAGACGCGGCAUUGAAUUUCUCACCCCCAAUCUGUUUUUUGGCAACCUCAAAAAUGCCGUGUUAUUCCGUUCCCCACCGUCAUGGCACAUCGGCGACUUACACAAGAUGGCUCCUCCGGAAGCGCCAUUUAUUGGUUUUUACAUCUUUCAUAAGCCGUGUCUACUAUUACGGGAUCCAGAAAUAAUUAAACAAAUCAUGAUCAAAGACUUCGAUACUUUCACCGAUCGCUACUUUGCUGGCUUCCAUCAGAAGGACAGUAUGGGCAUGAAAAAUUUGUUUGGCAUAAAGAAUCCGACCUGGAAAUAUGUGCGGUCUAAGAUCAACCCUACUUUAACGAAGAGCAAGUUGAAAAAUAUGUUUCCAUUGAUGAUAGAGAUUACAGAGCCAAUGAUGAAAUAUAUAAACGAUCAACUAAAUAAUCAAGAAACUGUAAAAGUGUUGGAUGCUCAAAAUAUUUAUUAUAAGUGUACAACUGAUCUGAUCGCUUCAAUCGCGUUCGGUACCUUGUACUAACCUGGCACAUACCCAAUAAAGCAUCCAGAAAAGCGCUAUCACCAUAAAGAUAACUACUAGAUUAAAGACUGAGACAUUAAAAAUCGCUUUUUUAUAAACUAAGUCAUAUACUAAAACACACGUUCAAACUGGCAAUAUAGUAAACAUACACAUAAUACACACUGAAAUGCAUGCACAAGAGAUAAAAUAAAGGAGCUGGUAAAUUAUUCGGUUUAGCGGCGCCAAGUUUUUGUAAUAAAAUAUUUAUUUG